AUGCCGAUCGCUUCCCAAGCCGAUUUAGCCGCUCAUUUCAUCGGCCAAGCCGUGAGCUCCGACUUCUUGCAGCAACAGCAUCAUCGCGCCGCAUCCUGCCGUCACAUCAGCACAACAAUGGGCGCCGAAAACUCGAAACCCUCUUCCGACGUGAAGCAGCAUGUCUUCUCUCCGAAGGAAGCUGAUCAGUUUGCGCGCAGUGAACACCCCGUCAAAUUCUCCAACGAACUCGUCGAUUCGCUACAAAAGAACACUUUCACCGACUCCACGCGAUCACGACAACAAGAACUCCAGUACCAGGAGCGUCUGACUGCCGAGCUCGAAAAGCUGCGCGAACAAGAGGCCCAAAACUUCACCAAAUACAGCGAAACCCUGUCUGGCGAGUCAGACGAGUCCAGCCAACCCUCCCUCGUCGAGAAGCUCUCCGAUGCCACCUCCUCCAAAGCAACCCUCGCCGAGAAGCAACGCCAAAAGGAAAUGAGCCGGAACAGCGUCACCGAGGAGGUCGAGCAGCUGAGGCAGAAGCUGGCCAACAGGAAAAAGCUGGAGCAGGUGGAUGCCGAAGUCAGCAAGGCGAAGGAGGCAGUCGUUGCGUGCUUGAGGACGCACGACCGACGGCCACUGGACUGCUGGAAGGAGAUUGAGACAUUCAAGAAGGAGGUGGGCCGGUUAGAAAAGGACUUCGUCGAGAAGACCAUUCGAUGA